AGUGUGUAGCUGGAGCUGUGUCAGUGUUUUGGUGUGUAGCUGGAACUGUGUCAGUGUUUCAGUGUGUAGCUGGAGCUGUGUCAGUGUGUUGGUGUGUAGCUGGAGCUGUGGGAAUGUGUGUCUGUUUACUAGGGUGACGUGGAGUGUGAGUUUAUGAGUGAGUCUCUAGCCAGAUUUAGAGCAACACGAAUGUGUAUUUAGCGAAAACAGGGAAGGCAUGACAGAGCAUGAGAUGUAUGAGAUGUAUGAGUGAGUUUUUCCAGUAGUGUGUGUAUGCUAAACUGUUUGUGACUGUGUGUGAGUUUCAGGACCAGGGGGGUGUGAGUUUCAGGACCAGGGGUGUGUGAGUUUCAGGACCAGGGGUGUGUGAGUUUCAGGACCAGGGGGGUGUGAGCUUUUGAAGAGGGACUAUCCAGAUGUUGCCUUUUGGGACACCUCCUUCACCUGGACUCUAGACCCCAUGUAAGGGGGGUGAGGAUUACCCCGGAUUCCUUCACCAUGGGGAACAGCGUCCACAAGAACAAGAAGAGGGUCCCUGAAUCCCGCAACGGACCCUCUUCACACCUCAACCCUGACCCCCGCUCAGGCUCUAAACCUGGCCCUAACCCCAGCCCCAGCUCAGGGAAUACCAAAUCCUUCUGGCACUUUGGGCGGGUGGAUAAACUCAAAACAGCUGGUCCUAAUUGUCUGGAUGAUCAGAAGGAGUUGACAGUUCACUACACAGCCUCCUCACACUACCAGGAGAAUGUGUUCAUCGAGGGCAACCGCCCUCAGUACCUGGAAGACCUGCACACUGAGGCACGGGAGGGGUUAAAGAUACUGCAACAAGAAGAACACAACAAAGGAGUGGCCUUUCAGGAUGACCAUAGUGACGCAAAUGUCAGCCCCAACCACAGGGAUGGAUCUCAGGAGUCAGGAAGUACCGCCGGGAAUCCUGUUACCGCAGUGACCUCUGCUGGAUUGACUGUGUCCACGAGACCUGUGCUCACACGCCAAGGCUCCACAUUCAAGCCUCUGAACCCAGUGAAGAGACUGGACAAGAGGAAGAACAGGAGGACUACUAUCAUGGGCAUACCCCAGCAGGUCCAGAGAGAGCUGGCCCUUCACAGUGGCUCUGAGUACAAAGUUCAUUCCCAGCUCCCUAACGGCUCUGUCGGACAGGGUAGAGACGGCCAAUCAGGUGUGGUCGUCAUCCCCACCAUCGACGGAGAGACCCCUCUAGCCAACUACGAAGGGGCAAGAGUACACCUCUCAGACCUGGAGGCAUCCAGAGAGGAGCUGUUGAGACACCACCUCCAGUCUGUUUACAGGGACGACCAGGGCUUCAGCCACCACAGGGGACUGGACUCUCGUCUCUCCUCCACCCAGAGGCCCAAGUCUCUGGCCGUGCCGGGCACGACCUCCUCCUGCUCCUCUGGAUUCCCCAGAUUCCUCCAGGAGCCACAGGGUCCGGUGAUGUCCAUCUCUCCCCAGGCCACUUACAUGUCUAAGAUCAUCCCCAACGCCUACCUGCCGGCCUCCGUCGACGUCAUACAGAUUGACCGCAGCACCAGCCGUACCCGUGGAAACAAAGGUAACGGAACGGUCCGUACCAUCAGCAAGAGCUGCCUGGCGUCAGGGUCGUCGGACAGCCCUGCAUCGUCGAGGAGGUCGGGCGGUGAAGGUUGCUAUGAAGGCGGUGACAGCGUUUCACAUGGUGACAGUAGUUCCUGUGACAAUGGCUCUAAGGUGACCCCACACUCAGUGACUUCAAGAUCCAGCUGGAGCCACUCGCAGUCUUCCGAGACGAUCAAGUCCAACUCCUCCGCCAUCUCCUCCACGAAGGGGAGCUUCGGACUUGCUAACCCACAGACGGUGAGCCUCAUUGGGCAGGAGACACAGCUGCAGCAGCCUGGUGCUGGGGACCAGGACAAGGUGAGCCUACAAAACCCCGCUAGCUGGGUCAGCAGCACUAGUAGGGGUACUGGUACUGCGACCGCUCAGGGGGUCCUAUCUGGAUCUGGGGGGAUGAGCGAUGUUGGAGGAGACUCUUUCAGAUUCUCUCGCUGUCUGUCGAUCAUGAAAACCAAGUUGCCCCCAGCUCCCCCCAGGAGAACCAACUCACUGCACCAUGAGAAGAUGAUAAAGAGGCGACUGGUGGAGAUUAAAGACCUCAGUGACUCUGCGGGUGGGAAGUUGGAGGCUGCUGAAGACACAAGCUUAGUUACGAUCGAGAUCUCUAAAGAGCUCUACAAAGAAAUCACAAAGAGCUCUGUCCCUGUAUCCAAAUCAUCUGGGUUUAACUCUUUAGAUGAUACAAAAUCUUCCACAGCAUCUAGUCCUCUGAGUCCCACACAGGCCUCCCAUGGAGGUAGUGGAAAAUCAGAGGGGCCAGCGUCCAGCAGCUCUUCCCCCCAGAAAGCCCCAUCAGAGGAGGGUACAUUUGAAAGGACCAUGUCCCCCUCCAGUGGGUACUCCAGCCAGAGUGGUACACCGACACUUUCCCCCAAGGGGAUCCUCCCUUCCGUCUCCCCAGGUAAACAGAAGAAGUAUCCUGUCAAACCGGAACGAUCUGGUUCAAGAGCUUCCUUCUCUGCAGCCUCAGUCUCCUCUUCCCUCACCUCCCUGUCUUCAGUCACCUCAGAACUCGUCAAUCGAGAGGCCUCGAAAAACAGUUUUAACCCUCUUCAGCAGGCCUCCCUACCCCCGGCUGUUAUGAGAAUAGAAGAUCCAGAAACGGUGACCCCGGUCCGUUUCUCUUUAUCCAUGGCGAUCAGUGAGCUGCUUAACAUUCCGCCACCCCCCAAAAUUAAAGCCCCUUCCCCGCCACCCCCGGAGACCUGGGCCCACAACAGACACACCUUCGAACUGCUGUGUGGGCCUUGCCCCAACGUCAACAGGCUAGCACAGCUCCAGGAGCAACAGGAACUAAAAGAGCAAGCUGCCAUGAUUGAGCAAAAGCGGGAACCUCAAACUAAAGCUAGCAAGGAGUCUGAAGGCUCGAACAAAAAGCAGGCUAUGGUAGAAGAAGUUACUUUGACAAAAUCAGAAAGCAAAUACAUUGUUCCCCGAGACAAGACUGAGCCUAUGUUAGAGCAGGCACCUGAGGUAUCGGAGAGCACAGAAAGUCAAACGAAAGAACAAGGAAGCCUGGCGGUGAUCGCAGAGAAGGUAAAAGCAAGUGUAGAGAUCCAGAACCAGAAGCGGGAACAGAGUUGUAGUGUUGCACAGGUCAAGGGUCAAGAAGAGAGGCUAGAGACACAAGUGACUUUAACAAUGAUUCCAAAGAAGGAACCCCCUCCUGUCAUGAAGAAAAGUACUCGUAGAAAAGAAGCUAAAGUUCAAUUAACAGCAGACAUACAAAAAAAGUCGCCAUUUGAUGAGGUCACAGUAGAGGUGAAGGUAGAGUCACCCAGCGAGAGUGAGAAGUGUUCUCCACAGGCUGAGGUAGUCGCUAAGGAAGUUGAGGUUGAGGUAGCAGCUAAGGAGGUCGAAGGUCAGAGUGCUACUGAAAACACUAUAGAGGAAAGUCCCACCAAAUCUACACAGACCCUUGCCGUGGAGCCUCCCAAAGUGGACCGGGUUUCUCCUCCAGCCUCCCCUCCCCCUUCCCACCACCCUCCUCCACCUCCUUCUAAGACACCUCCCUACUCUGUGGCCCCUCCCCCACCUGAGGUAGAGGAGGAGUGUGAGGAAGAGAUUCCCAUAAUACAGUCCUGCUGGCCCCCUCCACCCCCACCAGAGGAGCCAGCAGAUUCAGUCUUUGAUGAGAUGGACUUUCCACCUCCUCCCCCUCCCUUCAUGACGGAGAGCUUGCCAGAUGUGGUGCAGACAUGUAACACAGUCACUGAUGUCCAGGAGGCGUCCAUUAUAGCUCUGGAUGGGGAGGAGGUUAAGGAAACCGUGAAUGUUUUCACUGUCGCAACUGUGAAUGGGGAAACUACAGAUCUUUCACCCAUUUCCACUCAAAUGGAGCCAAAAGAGGAUAAACCUGAAAGGGUGAUUCUGAACUCUAAUGCUCUAAUCCCAACUGAUGAAACCAGCUUUGAGGAAUCUGAAUCAGCUGAGCUCCAAUUAAUUCCUUCAGAUGAUUCAGCUGUCGUUUCUCCAGUUCAGCCCAAUGAAAAAGAGGCAGAGGUCAAGCAAUCUGCCCAGAAACCAAUCACAAUGCAAGACACCCGACAACCAACAGAAACUUCUCCUGAAUCACAGGAAGUCCCGCCCUUACCAGAGGAUGUCCCUCCCUCACACCAGGAAGCUCCUCCUCCUCCACCAAUGACAACAGACUUGGUGCCCCCAUCAAGUAUUCCUCCUCCACCUCCUAUCAAUGUCCCCCUCCCUCCCUGUGUACAAUUUGAGGAUCAGAUGCCCUCUGUGCUCCCUAACAGUGCCCCACGUCUACCACCCAUUAACAUCCCUCUCCCACCCCCUCUCCCAACUGAGAACCAACCCCCUGUGAUCUUCAGGAGACAGCCCAGCUUGGCGAACAGAGAGACCAGGAGCAAAGAGCUUCUGUCUAGGCACAAGAGUGUCCCUAUUCCCAAAGAAGAUGCCAACAUUCCACUGGUCACACCCUCUCUGCUUCAAAUGGUACGUCUCAGAUCGGUCAACGUUGGCGAAGACUACGUUAAAGCGCGUUCUGACGACAACAAUUCCAACAGUGGGAAACCACCUGCUCAGGAUCAGAGUUCAACCCAAAUCCAAACCCAAGGAUCUCAGAACAUAACACCCCAAAAACCAAUUCGGAGAUCCCUGUCACUAAAAUCCACACCUCGGCCACUGAAGUCGUCACCGGCGACGCUCAUCGCCCCCUCGAUGAGUAUGCAGGAAGCUAUCCGAAUGAAGACAGCAGCCAUGUCUUCCAGAGAUAAUCUUCCAACACGCUUUAGAAUGCCAUCCUCCACCUCAAUUCCCAGUUGCAGUGGGGGUAAAUCAGGAAUGCUAUCCCCAUUGUUACCAGAAGGAGGUGAGAUGCUAAAGACCCCCACCACCACCACCACCGCAAGCUUCAUCUUCUCCAGGAGCUCAAAGAAGGUUGUCAUAGAAACGCCUGCCUCCUCCUCCUCCUCCGAGGUACAGGCGAGCCUAAAGCAGAGCCUAGCCGCGGAACUCAAGCGCUUUUCCGAACAAUCUAUGGCUUCCACAGUCGCUAAUGGCAACGUUGUAAGAACUGGGAUUCCGAGGAGAAUUCCUCCACCCGUGGCUAAGAAACCAGCUCACACCUUGGAGAAGCCUGUGUGUUCUACACUGAGGAGCACUCCGUCUCCAAGGGGAACAGAAGCUAACGGAGAGACAGAAACAGCGCAACCUGCAGGCCAGCAAGCACUGACGGAGGACAGCAAGUGAAAUGGAGACGUCUAACAUUGUGGAAGCACCAUUGCGCUUUUGAAAAAAGACUGGAUUCUUGUGGAAUGGGACUAAGACGGAUGAACAGAUCAAGGACUGCAAGAACCUGAGAAACAUGGGGGGGAGAGAGAGAGAGAGAGAGAGAGAGAGAGAGAGAGAGAGAGAGAGAGAGAGAGAGAGAGAGAGAGAGAGAGAGAGAGAGAGAGAGAGAGAGAGAGAGAGAGAGAGAGAGAGAGAGAGAGAGAGAGAGAGAGAGAGAGAGAGAGAGAGAGAGAGAGAGAGAGAGAGAGAGAGAGAGAGAGAGAAUUAAUGAGAGUAGAGAGAGAGAGUCAACUCAGAGUUAAAAUGUCUUCAAAAGGCCUUUAUAUUUUUGCAAAAAAGAUGGUAUUGGUCCCCAUUUCUUUUCAAAUUAAAGCUUUAUUUUGGGAGUAUUUUUCUAAAACAUAGAGGUCCAGUGAGGAUCUAUUCAAUCCGUAUCGUGGAAGUUUAAAGACAAUGUUCCAGCUUUAGAGGAGACUGCCUUCACCGGAAACGCUUAAUGGCGGCUCAGUCGGAAAAAUACCUUUAAAAGCGCUUCAGCGCCACAGAUGGAAUAGAGAGCCCUUAGUCUGCUCUAGGAAAGUGCAACCAUCAAGACAAAGGACAAACUGAGGCUGGAUUUUGUAAAUACAGCACAAAAGGCUGUGCUUGUAGUAGAGGUCAUCCAGAGGUCAUCCAGAGGUUAAAAAAGGUAGCAGUCACUGCAGUUGAGAAAGAAAAAACAAGACGACAAUUAAACAAAUUAAAAAAUCUUCAUAAAGAUUCCCUUUUGGAGUCAAACAAUCACUGAAUUAUUUUAAUUAAUGAAUUAAUUAUCUUAUUUCCUAAUGGAAUGACAGAUUAUGUCAUUCCCAGAAUUUAUCUUUUGAUCUCGUCGAUCAAUCAAUCAAUUCAUUUGUGGUGUCAAUCAAUCAACUAACAAUCACAUUUUACUGCGCCUAUCCGGGGUGUGUGUCAAUCAAUGUGUUAUUUUUGCUUUUUGACCAAUGACACCACAAAUUAUUUAGGCUUAGGUAGGGUAGCGCAUGAGAAAAAGAGAAGCUGCAUAUUAAAAAAAUAAAAAAACAUUUAUAUAUUAGACCUAUUGUCAAAUUUAUUAAAAAAAUAAAUAAAUAAAAUUCCUUUGUAAGAUAAUGAAGCUUUUAAUGUUUAGGCAAGAAAGCCUUUUAUCCUUCUGAAAACUAACGUUCAACGAAAUGAGCUGCUUCCCAAUUCUAGAUCUCUUGGCCUGCAUCCCAAAUCGCACAUGUAUUCCCCACACAGUACUAGUAUGGUGGCAGCAGAUAGCCUUGUGGUUAGAGCGUUUGGCCAGGAACUGAAAGUUUGCUGGUUUGAAUACCUGAGCCGACAAGGUGAAUAAUUAUUAUUUAUUUUUUUUGCACCAAUGGCUGACCGUGUAAAACACGUUUUACUGCACCUAUCCGAUGUGUGUCAAUAAAAUUAUAAUUUUUUUUGAAAGUUUAAAUGUUUUAACCAGAGAAUAUAGUGUAUUUUUGGGACACAACCCAAGCAGAUAUGCACAAUAUGGCUAUUCCUUAUAGUUACUUACACUAAACACCAUUCCCAUGCGUUCAAAAUACAAUAUUGAUGGCUUUUCUGUUACUUAACCAUUUCCUGUUUUAUUAAUGUGUCUUUAAGUUGCUUUAAAACAACAUUCUUUAUCAGUACUGCGUUAUUAACAUCGUCUGUCAUUUCACGACCAAUUAUUAAACCUUUGGUUUGAGUUCAA